ACAUCAAUGGAAGAUAGAAUCCUCUAAGUGGGGCAAGAAGUAAACCACUCAAGUUUUAAGGAUACAUCACAUAGACGUAGAAAGAUAGAGGAGAGAGAAAGAAAGAGUGCAUAUAGGAUAGAGCAUGUGGGGAUGAGGAAAGCCACCUUCUAAUCCCUUCGAUGCAUCAAUCCCAAUCCCAAUCUCAAUGAAAAAUAAAGGAAGAUGGCGAUCCAAGAGAAUGGGGAAAUGAAAGUUUAGAGAGGGAAAGAGAGAUGUUUGCAAGCCAUCACAUAGCGAUGCGUUCAACCGCUGAACCACCCUCUCUCGUCACUCAAGCGCAUCAGCAGAGACCCCAUAGCCAUGCCAAUGGGAUUCGAGCUCACACUGUUCUCCUCGUUAUUCUUCCCACCAUUUCUCUCUCUCUCAUCGUCGCACUCCUCCUGAUUUUGGUGCUCAUUUACAGGCCGAGGUCUUCAUCCAACAGAGCUGAAAAGCUCGCAGGAAAUGCUUACGUGCCUAAGAAUCUAAGUGCUCCCUCUGUCACAUCUAGCCCCGGUGAUGUGAGGAAAUGUGGUUAUAUUGCGAGGCCCCCCUCUAAAUUUAGAGGAGGAGGUCAGGUAUUCACAUAUAGAGAGCUUGAAUUGGCCACUGAUAAAUUUAGUGAAGAAAAUGUGAUUGGAAAUGGUGGAUUUGGGGUGGUGUAUAGAGGGGUCUUGACUGAUGGCACCCAAGCUGCCAUCAAGCGCUUGAACAGGGAUGGAAAGCAAGGAGACAGGGAUUUUAGGGUCGAGGUGGACUUACUAAGUCGACUGCAAUCACCGUACCUGGUUCAGUUGAUCGGAUAUUGUGCUGACGCCAACCACCGAAUUCUGGUUUUUGAAUUGAUGUCCAACGGUAAUUUGAGAGAGCACUUGAAUUCCAACGGUCAAGAAGGGAGUCCUGCUUAUUUAGAUUGGGGCACUAGGCUAAGGAUAGCCCUUGAUGGGGCCAAGGGCCUUGAAUACUUGCAUGAGAAGUCCACCCCUGUUAUACAUAGGGAUUUCAAGACCACCAAUAUCCUUUUGGACCAUGACUAUAGGGGGAAGAUCUCUGAUUUUGGCUUGGCAAAGUUUGGGUCCCAGAAGCCCAAUGGCCUCGUCUCGACUCGUGUGCUCGGCACCACCGGAUAUGUUGCCCCAGAGUAUGCGAUGACUGGAAAAUUGACGACAAAAUCAGAUGUUUAUAGCUUUGGAGUGGUUCUUUUGGAGCUCAUAACUGGGAGGGUCCCAGUUGAUAUGAAGAGGCCAGCUGAUGAGAGUGUGUUGGUUUCAUGGGCUCUCCCUAAGCUGACCAACAGAGAGAAGGUGCAGGAAAUGGUGGACCCUGUUCUUGAAGGACAGUAUUCAUACAAAGAGCUAAUACAGAUAGCAGCCAUUGCAGCCAUGUGUGUGCAAUCGGAAGCUGAUUACCGACCAUUGAUGACCGAUGUGGUGCAAUCCCUCAUUCCUCUUGUCAAGCAGAAAGCUUCUGCCCUCAUUGCCACCACUCCAAAACUUGGGCACCAAAUAGUCACCCUCAAGUCCUCUUCCAUUGAUAGCGAGAGCAGUGGCACUAAUAGCCCCCACUUCUAGGGCUUUUUUUUUUCCCUUUGAGAGAGAGAGGAGAGAUUGUACAGAUCUUGUUCCUGAAAAGAGUGCUGUAAUUCUUAUUUUCCAUGUUAUAUGAAACUUAUGGUGCUUCAAUCA